AUGGGUGCUGAAAUGGCUGACCUUGUUCAAGGCGGCCUGAUUGGACUACUCCGGGGGAUUGAAAAAUUUGAUUCUUCAAAGGGGUUCAAAAUUUCCACUUAUGUUUAUUGGUGGAUACGUCAGAACCUUAAGAUUGCCAAACCAUUUGCUGAAAGACUGAGUUUAAUUCGGAAUGCAAAGUCCAAACUGGAAGAGAAAGGAAUAAUGCCCUCGAUUGAUAGAAUAGCAGAACGUCUAAACAUGUCACAAAAGAAAGUUAGGAAUGCCACUGAGGCAAUCAACAAGGUCUUCUCCGUUGAUAGGGAAGCAUUCCCUUCAUUAAAUGGUCUUCCAGGAGAAACACUUCAUAGUUAUAUUGCAGAUAAUUGUCUCGAAAACAACCCAUGGCAUGGAGUUGAUGAAUGGGCACUCAAGAAGGAUCUAACAUUGGCUGCUCUUUAUUGGGAAAAGAAAACGUAUCUAAAAUUCUUUUUGUUGCUUAACACCGUUUUUCCUUCUUGGUUCAAGCAAAAAGGUCAGGAAGAAAAACAUGUGGUGCAUAGGGUAGAUGCUGAGUCACUAAAGGAUAAUGUCCCCAGGAACUUGGCUCAUAUGGGACAUCAAUGA